AUGGAAAUUUACUGUAUAAUGGAAUGGAGAUUACAAAAAUUAUUUGAUUGGUGUGAAAUAGAUAUUGGUUGGGUAGAAAAAAAAAUGCUUUUAAAAUUUCCUGAAAAUAAAUGGUUGUCAGCACGAUUGGAAUCUGUUAUUCAAGCAGGUUUUAUGUCUCAUUUAAUAAGAAUUGUUAUUGAAUAUGAAAAUACUCAAGAAAAUUAUAAAGCAAUCGCUCCAAACACAAUUCUUAUUAAGGUUCCUAAUUAUAAAAAUGCAUCAAUGGCAUUAAAAUCUGCUGAACUUAUUGAAGAUAAAUAUGCUGUUUCACAGGGAAUUGGUAUAAUUAAAUUAUUGUCUGAAACUGAGGGACGAUUUUAUUCAUUAGUAAAUGAUAAAAAUCAUAAUUUAAAAAUUCCUAAAAUUUUUUAUUUAAAUUUAGACAAUUCAAAUAAUGAAAUUCAAUGUAUUAUCAUGGAAGAAGUAUUGGAUGUAUAUACAAUUGAUAUUGUUGAAGGGCUUAAUAAAACUCAAUUAUAUAAUCUUGUUGAUUUUAUUAUUGAGUUACAUUUAUUGUCAUUUAUGGAAAAUUUAGAUAAUCCAGGAUCUUCCUAUGAAGAAUGGAAUAAACUACCUCUAUCUUUUAAUGACUAUGUUUUAAAUGCUCGAAAAAGAUAUAUGAAUGAGUAUCCUGAUUCUUUAGGGCCGUUAAUUGAAAAAACUUUUAAUAAAUAUUUAAAAGUGGAUAACAUAGAUGAAAUAAAAUAUAAAUGUCUAGAAGAUAAACCAAAUAUGUGUUUUUUAUCUCAUGGAGAUCUUUGGACAUCAAACAUAUUAUUUGAUGCUAAGGAUAAAAAUAAUUUAAGAUGUGUAGUAGAUUGGCAAUUAGCAUUAAAAACAUCACCAUUUGAAGAUCUAACACAUUUACUAUUUUCUUGUAUUUCUCCUGAAUUAAGAAGAGAGUGUCAAAAUGAUGUAUUUAAAUACUAUUAUAAAAAUUUAAAAAAUUCAGUGGAGAAGCAAGGAAAAUCACUUUCAUUUAACUAUCAAGAUUUAACUAAAAUGUUUUAUGAAAUGUUACCCUACUUAGUCAACCGAAAUUUGUUUGCAAUUUCAAUGUGGACUGCUUCAUCAUUGUGUAAAACAGGAAAAAAUGAUGAAGAAGAAAGAAUAUUUAAACUAAACAGUCGUUUGAAAGCACUGUUUGAAGAUAUUGAAACAAACAAUCUUAUGAAAUAA